AUGUCGUUUUUGAAAAUCAUUGAAGAGGUUGACUCUUUCAAGAAAACCGAUGCCUUUUAUACUCUUUUAGACCAUAAGGGAACUGCACCUCUUGGAUACAUUGAUCCAACCAUCGUCAAACUACUUCAAUCCGAAACUGCAUUUAUCACCGAUCACGACUCCAAAACAAUUGCCAUUGACUCCAAGUUUGAUACUCUCGAAAAGAGGAAUGACAUGUUGGCGGAAGUUGCCAAUCGAUGGAGAAAGAUUCCCGAGUUGGACGAGAGACUCAACAAAGGUUGGAGAAAUGAAUUGUACAUUGUGUACAAUCCUUCCAAAACCGAAUAUGCACGGAUAGAAAGGGCAUUUUCAGUGCUUUUGGGGGUAGUAACUUACGGAGUCCAUAUAAAUGGAUACGUGCCGCCUGAAUUAUCAUCCAAUGGUAAAUUAAAACUAUACAUUCCCAGAAGGUCAAAAACCAAACCGACUUUUCCCGGUAUGUUGGACAAUACAGUUGCUGGUGGUUUAGGAUACCCACAUGGUUUAAAAGCUACGGUGAUCAAAGAAUGCUUUGAAGAAGCGGGGCUUGAAGAGGACUUUGUUUGCAAAAAUAUUAAAAGCACUGGCGUCGUCACCUACUUUUACUUAACGGACGACGGACGUGCACAGCCUGAGGUGGAGUAUACUUAUGAUAUCAUCAUCAAGGAAGACGAGGCACAUUUCAUAAAUCCUCAAGAUGGCGAAGCGGAGGACUUCAAACUUAUGACAGUGGAUGAAGUGUUGGAGCGAUUGGGAAAUAGGGAGUUCAAGCCAAAUUGUGGGUUGGUCAUCAUCGAUUUCUUGAUUAGACAUGGGUUUAUCACGGCUGAGAAUGAACCUGAUUAUUUGGAGAUUGUUUCUAGGUCUCAUGUAAAGUUUCCAUUCCCCACGAGAUAG